UGUGUGUGUGAGGUGGUCGAAUGCAGACGGUAAAGCAGCCAUUCUGUCUCGAGCUCACCCAGCAUCAACACCACGGGAUUACGCGCGAUCUCUGUCUGCUUCUGAAACGGAGAAGAGUAUCGGUUUCAAACCUGCAGGGCGAAAUCUAUUAUUUUACAAGAUAAGGCAACACGCAUUUCAGCUUCGAUAGGGGAAGUUGGAAGACAAAUAACAGGUCCGCGAAUAAUCCACAGCUGUUGCUGUGUAAUUUGUACAGCAUGGACGCGCUAAUAAAGGGAUUCUCAAAAGCCAAGGAUGGGGUCGUGGCAGCAGCGGAGAAGACGAAGCAGGGAGUGACUGGGGCGGCUGAGAUGACAAAAGACGGCGUUAUCUUUGUCGGCAACAAAACAAAGGAUGGAGUCACAACAGUUGCAGGUAAAACAGUGUCUGGGGUUUCCCAGGUGGGCGGAGCCAUGGUGACAGGUGUGACAGCAGUGGCCCACAGGACUGUGGAGGGGGCGGGGAAUAUCGCUGCUGCGACUGGAUUGGUCAAGAAAGACCCAGCCAAACAGGAUGAAGAUGCUAUGUCUAAAGACUCACCCAUCAAGGAGUCAUCUGGGGACCCAGAGGGUGGUGAUACUGCUGCAGAGGAGGAUUCCGAUGGCUAUUAGAAGUACAGCACUGUCAAGUGCCUCAUCUCACAACAAUCCAGAACUACUGUAACAAUCCAGAAUCAAUUAUCAAAACAUUCCAUGUCGCCCUGCCAAGUCCCGUCGUGCCUCGUUGUGUUCCUUAAUGGAGUCUGUGCCAUGUGUGUAUGACGUUGUGUGUGUGUAACGUGUGUCUUUAGCUUAGUGGGUGAACGCCAGUGUGUGUGUACAUCAGUCUGUGUGUGUGGCCUGUAGUCUCCGUCAGUCAGUCCUGAGUGGGGUCUAUAUGCCCUUCUGGUCCAGUUGUCAUCUUCAGUAACUCCCUCCCACUAAGGCAGCCACCUGGACACCGGAGGAACUACCUGUACGUUCUGUCUUGCUGUCUGUGGACUUUGUGGCUUUGAAGUAAAUACAAAUACUAUAUACAGGACGGAGUCGAAAACGCGCUUUGCUGAUGAAAUGUCACUUCCUUAUGUUAUAAAAUACAUUUUACCAAGACAAAUUUGAUUAUUAAUGUUCUGAAUUGUUCAUUGGAGCCUUUGUCUAACAUAUCAUUAACAUGAUAUCCAAAAAGUCGGAUUUCGUAACCUAAUACAGCCGAUAAUAAGCACUGCGCUCUGUUGACGCUCUGUUUCUCGUAAUAACUUGAGGAUUUUACAUUUUGUGGUUGUCGUCUUAAAGGUUGUUUCCGCAGGUCGCAAAAAGCUUAAUUAAAUGUAAAAGGCUUUGAAAAUAAAAAGCUUGUUAUACACUCUGUUCGCUGUUGACAUUUCACAGAUAUACACUUGUUUUUGUGAGAAAUCUCCCCCCCAAAAAUUGAAUUUUGAAUUAAUAUGAAAAGCAUAUACUAAAAUAUGAAAACAUGUCUCAAAAUCAAUAUUCAUCUAACCUCUAUUGUUUUAUGUCCUGUGGAUUCAAGAAGAAAGACGACGAGUUCAACGGGAAAGUGAGCCUGUCAGGUAGCCAGUAGCCUUAAUUCUUUCUUAGAGGAUUAUCUACACAAUUAACAUUAUUUUUACCUAUUGGUCAAAAGAAGCGUUUUUGAUUGGACACCCUAGAUACAGUACACUGUGAUAAACCACUGACAGUCCUGCACAGAUGCGAUCACUAUAUGCGGAGUGCACUGUAGUACAAUUUAUGAAAAAGCACAUGUGCCUAUAACGAUUAACUAUACGAAUCUGAAAGGAAGCAUACUUUGUUUUUGUGGUGGACUACUACUGUGCUAUAUGAGGUAUCUGUGAAUUUAUAAACUUGUAUUUUUAUGUUCUCACUCUGCAGAUUAGUGAAAUACAAGGUGGAGUUUGAAACACACUAGCAUGGAAUCAAAAAAUGCAACUAACUGUGACAAGGAGUUUAGUUACAUUUGUUAAAUGUUGAAUAAAGUAUACAUAACAAAAUAA